AUGGCAAACAACAAUGGCCGUGAACUUAGCUCCGAGGUGGAAGACCUCAACGAUGGAUGGGGCCAGAGCCUGUACAAUGACGAGAAGGGAAUGAAAUUUACUGUACUUUUCACACCUCUUCAACCAUUUGACCCCAAGCGACGAAGGAAUGCGAAGCCGACAACAAUCACAAAGAUAGUUUAUGUGCAUGAAGACAUGUCUACGAAGGACAUGAUUAUCAAACUCUAUGCUGGCUCCAGGCUUGAAGGAUCCGAUUCACUCACUUUCACAUACACUGUAUACCGUUCUCAAAACAAAGAUGUCUCUCUCGACAAUGAAGAUGAUUAUUUGGAGCUUUGUACUCAGGUUCAGAGUGCAAGAAAAGCUGAGGUUACACUCAAGCUAGCUGAACAGAAGGUUGUCACUGGCGACAAUCUGACUGAAGAUGAACAAGAUGAUGACAAAGAAAAUGAGAACCCCAGAAAGAAACGAAAACAGCAUGUGCCAUCGACGGAGGAAAUAGCACAAGACCAGCAUAUAGUCCAACUGCAAAGCACGUCCAUCUCACCCACGAACACCUUCGAACUUGGGCAGCUGCAAUGGCACGAGGAGGCUGAUACACUCGGAGUUGAUAUUGAACAUCCUUUGAACUCGAAAAUCUUUGAUCCAACUGACCAUGGCCGCAAUCACAACAACCAAUCCAACAUAACUGUCAACUUCGCUGGUCUAGCUGAGCUAAUUCGCUUAUCCUCUCCUUCAAAAAAUCCAACUCGCAGCACCAAGACAAUGUCUAUCCCUCCAAAACUCGAUCUCCAGUCUUUUGCCACUUGGUUUGGUCUAUCAGGGCAGCUUCACGACAAACUGAAAGCGAUUCAUCUGGAUGGGCCACACCUUCUCCGUCUUGUCUCUAAUGAGCAGCUUCGAACUGAGGGUGGCCUCUCUCUAGGAGAACUAGCAGUCCUUCGUGAUGCCGAGGAACGUUGGAAAGAAGGUCAUGAGCUGUAA